AUGAAAGAAGAAAAAGUCGGGCACUAUAUAAACUCUCGUCUCCCACAUCAAUACAUCACUCAGUCGAUCACCUCUGUAGAUCCUGGUCCAUCCCAGCGAUAUACACCACCAACGAUGAAGGCCUUUGUAGUGUGUGCUCUUCUCAGCCUCGUAGCCGCCGACAGGCGCCCAAGCAACGGUUAUGGAGCUCCUCCAGCUCCUCCAAGCAACGGCUAUGGAGCUCCUCCAAGCAAUUCCUAUGGCCCACCUAGGAACUCCUACGGAGUAGAUCCUCUUGCUGAAUUGGCACAAAACAUUCCUGGAGGCGGAGUUCCAGGAGAAGACUACCCUAUUUUGGCCUCCGUCCCUGAUACUCGUUUCUCCUGCGAUGCUCAGAAUGUCCCUGGUUAUUAUGCCGACACUGAUCGUCAGGCUGGCUGCCAGGUCUUCCACAUCUGCCAGGACAGGCCCAAUGGACGCCGUCAGCAGGACUCCUUCCUCUGCCCCAACGGCACCAUCUUCAACCAACAGUACCUCGUCUGUGACUGGUGGUUCAACUUCGACUGCGCUGACGCUGAAGACUUCUACUCAGUCAACGAGCAGAUUGGCGUCGUUGCCUACGAUCCUUAUGGCAGAAGUCAAAACGGUAAUGGCAAUGGCAACGGUAACAAUGGCUACGGUUCAAAUGGAAAUGGAAAUGGCAAAAGAAACGGUAACAAAAAUGGUAAUGGUUCUAAUGGCAAUGGUUAUGGAGCCCCACCCGCUCCUAUCAAUGGAUACGGAGCCCCUCCAUCACUUUCAAACUCCUAUGGAGCUCCAUUCUAAAUUAGGCAAAUGAUCAUUUUCAUUAACUCAACCCACGAACCUUUCAUUAGUGCUUGAUGCGAAACUUCGACCAUUCAACCUUAUCAAGAUGAAUGUAUAUUUUUGUAUAAUAAAUAAAAAUGAAUAAGGAAUAACAUAUAA